AUGGCUCAAAAACCUGCCUUCGACCCUUUCGAUGAAACAGAAGAGGCUUUAGAGGCUCACAGAGACUAUGUUGUUGAAAUCCACCAAAUCACCCUCCUUAGUGAGAGAGGAACGAUGCGAUACGCUUUCAUGACUUUCGAUGAGACCGCUCGGAACGGAGACACAGGUCUAGUGUUGCACAGAAAGCUCGUAACCGGCCAUCAUGGAAUUUCAUACCAUGUUAGUAGCAGUACCUUCUACAUGGGCAGCAGGGAGAGUGUGAAUUUUGUGAUUCAGGAGGGGUUCCAAGUCGGAGACAGAGGACCAGACCCAUUUCAUUGCAGAAGUACCCCAAAGCCCUCGGAUGCGACUUUGGUCGCUAAGUUUCACGCAAGCCACGAAUCACAACUGUUCUCGAGCGUGAAAUAUUCCAGCGAAUAUGAGGGAAACUUGAUGUUGGAUGAUGCUGAAUGGGCGGAUGGGACUUCUCUGGGUCCUUAUCAGGCUCCUGACGAAGAUGAGCCAGUACUUCUUGGACUGGUCUCAGAACUGAUGUAG